GGCAUUACCAUAAUUUAUCCGGUCCGCGGCGCGCGCUGAUUGGCUGCCGCCGCCGGCGCGCGCGUCCCAUUGGCCUCGCUUGUUUACAAGUGUGAUAUUGUGUCGUUUUCUCAACUUGUAAUUGUCAAAAUCGUUUUGCCGCGUGUACGAAGCCGGUGCUAAGCGUGUAUUUACACAAUAAUGGUGGAAAAAUGAGCGGGCGCGGUCAGGACGGAGCUGAUUCGGGUGCGCCGCGGCGCGUCUCGCCGCCGCCGCCGGCCGCCGGCUCGGCCACAAUCGCCGCCGCCGCGCUGCUCCCGCACACGGCUGCACUCGCCGCCAUGGCCGCCCCGCCGCUUUCCACCUCAUUUGCGACGUCCAGCGCCGAAAAGUCGCCGUUCGCGCUGUCCACGUACCCGUUCGGCCUGGCGGCGGGCCCGUCGGGCAUGGCGGCGGCGGCCGCCGCGCUGGCGGCUCAGAUGUAUCAGCAGCAGCUGGCCGCCGCCGAGCUGAGCUCCUCAGCGCUGGGCCAGGCCGCGCGACAGGCGCUCGACGCGUCCCACUACCCCUGGAUCACCGCACUCACAGGGCCCAGCGGGUGUCCGCGUCGCCGCGGACGGCAGACGUACAGCCGCUUCCAGACGCUGGAGCUGGAGAAGGAGUUCCACUACAACCACUACCUGACCCGGCGGCGGCGGAUAGAGAUCGCCCACCUGCUCAACCUCACCGAACGACAAAUCAAAAUCUGGUUCCAGAACCGGCGGAUGAAGUUGAAGAAGGAGCUGCGGGCAGUGCGGGAGAUCAACGACAAGGCCAAGACGACGGAGGAUGGCAAGGAGGACAAGUCAGAGCCGGCCACUGCUGAAGAGCAGACGGCGGAGGUCGGCAGCAGCGACGACACUCCGGGAGCCACCGGCUCGGGCUCGGCCGCCCCCGGCAGCCCGCCGCCGGCCGACACCUAACUGACCCGACCUGAGCCGCCGCUCCCAGUGCCAUGCGCGCGACUGAAGGGUCCUCUCCAUAAUACUGUACUCCGCUGUGCCACUCUGUACCGAUCCCCGCUGUACUGUAGAGUAUCGUGCAGCGCCUGUUGUGUGCAGCUCUGUACCACACUCUGCCGUACCAAACCGCAGGUGCGGUACAAACUGACCUGUACCCUGUCCGCCUUGUCAGGUGGGAAUUUCUCCCGUAAAACUGGUAAAAUGUGCCAUCGAGAGGACCGAGUCCUCUGAGCGCACAAAGACGUGCCGAAUGGGGAACGUCGCGAAAUGGCAAUCACUUACUGACUGGUGCUGGAUUGUGCAUUCAACAACCGAACGCUCAGAGCUGGUUCGUUAAAUGGUGGGGGCCAUCUAAUGACGCCCCCUAUAUCAUGUAGCCAGAUGUCCCUUGUAUUAGAUAGUGCUUUGUGUAAAUGCGCGGCUGCCUGAGCUGUUGGAUGUUCCCUCCACCUAUGAUCAAACCACUCAUCUGCGGCAUGCAAGCGCUCGGUGCUGGCGCAUCGUUCAGCCGUAGAAUCUCAUGUCGACGUCCAGGGCGUCGUCGCUCGGACGUGCUCUCAUCUAGGUUGUCACAGACUCAUUUGUCUCAUGUCGUGUGCCUCCAUUUGUUUCGCCACAUCCCACACACACAGCCGAUCGCGCCGCCACAGACCUCAGCUCAGCCCGGCUAUCCGACCCCGACCCCGGCCCGACCCCGGCCCCGACCGCAUCCCGGCUUCUGCCUGCGAGUGCGACACUCGCCCGAGCUGCGGCGCGUGACACUGCUGCCGAGUCGUCGCUAAUUACGGGCUGCGCCGCCUAAAUCAUUUAGCGCGCCUGCAUUAGGGCCUAAUGUCUCGGCGGUGGCAGCGCGGCGCUCGUAGCCCGCGGGCCCGCCGACUUCGCCAGCCGGCACAUCAGCCGCCAUUAGUAUGGAAAACAGGCGGCGAAAUUCGCCAGCCCUCAGGCAGACCCCAGCAAUAUGCCGGCAGGCAAUGAAUUUAUGAUUGUAAUUUCAUGGUUCCACUGUGUUACUGGGUGCAACACGUUUCCGUAAUGGCGUCCGAGCGAGUGGAAAUCCGGAAAACCGCGUCAUCGGACCUCUGUCCGGCUCCCGCGGCUCCGCGCUGUUUGAGGCUCCCUCUCCCCGCGACUGGGUCCAGCCGGCGGCUCCCGGCGGCUCCUGUUACUCCCAACCGCGGCUCCCGUGGCCGGUUUCGAACGACCGAGCGCGCCUGGUGGAGGGGAGCGAGGCAGAAAGAGCCGCCAGGGACGCGUCUCGUCGAGUCUCUGCUCGCCUCGCCCUCCCCUGUGCAGGCUGUGUCUCUCCGGACUGCCCGACUGGCAGCUCCACCGACCCCUGGCCAGCGGCUCCCCCGGCUCGUCUCCGUGUUUUCAUCGGAUUUUGUGUCGCCAGUAACGAGAUGCAGGCUCGUCGCCGGCACAGACGCCAUGUUUGCCGACUCUUUCAUCGGCCGACCGGGACUGGCAGCCCGCCUGGGAGCGCGCACAGGUGACAACACCCGCCAACGGGCGGUGUUGUCUGUCGCGCGAGACAACUAUGCACUCCAGCGCGCCGGGCCGGAGCCGCUCUGUCUCUCCCGUCGCAAUGUCUCGCCACUCUCCCACCAUCCAUCUGAGCGGCGACAGAGCCAGCCAUGCGAGAUAUUGGAGCACGUCCCGCCCCCUUUAAUCAUGGAAAAAGCGGCGCCGUAUCCCCCUACGCGUUUCGUCGCAGCUGCCGGCCGGAGGUAUUCAUUUCUCCCGGCCGCCGCCGCCGCCGCCGCCGCCGCCGCCGCCGCCGCCGCCGGUCCGUCGCCCCCGACUGCCGCCGACUCCGACAUCGGAGGCGGCCAGUAAAUCACACGUGCAGCUCGCCCACCGCAGCCGUGACGGGAUCCGGUGUCCGGCCGUCCGGGACCGGUCGGGGUCGAAGUCCGAUGAUUUUUAGUUUGCCGGGUGGUCGCCGGAGUCACGCGGCCCUAGGCCAAGGGUUCAGUACGCGGUAUAACCUGUGUUUUGGUUCCAGCGACUCCGUACAACAGGGCUGGGCUUGAGAUGUGGUAUGUGGCUGGCGUGGAUGUGAGGACUACAUACUUUCCAGAACACAGCCAACUAGUUGAGUGUGCAUGUAGGUUUUGUAGAAGCCUGGUCAUUUUGGGACCCCGGUAGCAGUAUGAAUGGUGAAUGUGCGUCAAUGUUUUAAGUUUCGAAGUCUCAUUUCGACCCUUUGAGAGGCGACUGAAUGGAAACCAAAAUACGUAAUGUCACCGGUCACCGGCGUUCGCUGGUUCAAACGAGUCGCUAAAAUACGUAAUAGACGCGCCUUCAGUGUCGGCGGCGCUGGCCGGUGUGAUUUAGCACGCGGCGCGGCGCCCCGCUAGGUGUAACGGCGAGCUGUAGAACAAUACGUAAAUGCCCCGAGUAUCGGUGUUCGAUGUUGCGACGGUCGGCCUUUUGGCCUCGUCUGUGUCCCGAGCGUCUGUUGUGUGCGAUGAGACGGAGCGCGAAGUACCCGUUAGUUUUGUUGGCGUUUGCUUGUACCUACCACCAGGAGCUUAAUCUAAUCCUAUGUGUGUUUCUGUUAGAAUUAGUUGUUAAUAAAUGAUAAAAUGGAA